AUGAGUGGGCUCGCCGAACCCCCCUCCAGGAACACUUUUGCCGGGCCUCCAGAUGCGUCUAGCAGAACUCGAAACAUCCCGGUUCUUUCAUCGUCUGCUCGCCACUCCCCCGCAGCAAUGGAGAUUACUCCCCCUUCAUCAGCUGCGCCAGCUAUGACAGUUCACAGCAGCCCUGAUGGCGACCGUGUCGCAAUUACUACCAAUGGCUCUGAGAUUGGGAGCACGAGCAACCCAUCUAACCCUGCUGUUGGAGCUGCAGCCGCAGCCCAGCAACCCAAAGUGGUACAAACUGCGUUCAUCCACAAGCUUUACAAUAUGCUCGAAGAUAAUACCAUCCAGCAUCUCAUCUCUUGGUCGGGUACUAAUGAUAGCUUUGUGAUGUCCCCGACCUCGGAAUUUUCCAAAGUCUUAGCCCAAUAUUUCAAGCAUACCAACAUCUCGUCCUUUGUCCGUCAACUGAACAUGUACGGAUUUCAUAAAGUGAGCGAUGUGUUUCAUACAGGCUCUCCGGACUCUGCGUUGUGGGAAUUCAAACACGGGAAUGGAAACUUCAAACGAGGCGACUUGGUCGGCCUUCGAGAAAUCAAACGACGUGCAUCCCGACAUGCUUUAAUUCACCGCGACUCGUUCCCUAGCCACAAAGCUGCUGUAUCACAACCGGGUACACCCGCAGAGCCUGUUCCCGAUGCGACUGAAGCUAGGUUGAUGAACCUGGAACACACUCUCUUCGACAUGCACAGCCGCCUCUCUCGCGCUGAAGAAGGAAAUAUGGCACUUCACUCGAAAUGUCAGAGUAUGGCCGAGGGUCUGUCUAAAUGCUACCAUUGGACUCACUCUAUCUCUCGAUUCCUUCAGGCCGUUGUACCUGACAGAGAGAAUCCUCUUUAUCAUGACAUUUCAAACAUCCAAAGAGAAGUCGAGAAGCAGCUUGAAACGAUGCGUGCCAUGGAAGCAUCCCACGACACCCUCAUGCCACCGCGCCAGCCAUACUUUGGAAACAUGCCUAUGGAAUCUGGACCGCCCUUAUCUCCCCGUCAACUACCACAGGACGACAGCCGGCGCCCAUCCAUGAUUCGGCCACCUGUCCCACCACACAUGACAGGCUCACCGCGCCGAUAUGGUUCAAUCGGAGGUGCGAAUGUUCCACCUAAUUUCAAUCGACCACAGCCUCCCCCGGUUCCACCACCACAUCAACCUGGGCCAUCUCCUUUAUCCAUAUCAACUCCUCCCGGUCCUAGUUUAGGUCGCCGCCACACAUUCGCGGACAUUCGUCAGACAGAUUGGCAACCAGGGAGCUCUUCACCAUUCCCGCCGAGUGGCCCCGCUAGUGGGCCUUGGCCCUCGUCUCCACAUCGCACACCAGCCUCUAGUGACCAACAGGUCCGCGAUGUUCUUGCACAAUACGAUAUGGGCGCACCUCGACGCCUUCAGGACCACUCUCGCCAUGCCACACCACCUGGUCCUGCGGAGCCCUCCCCUUCCCUGCUUAGUGUUGACAACGGUUGGAACAUUGGUGGCUCCAGAUUCCCUCGCCAGGAAUCUUCACUACCUGCAACCCGUCGUUCUAGCAUGGCAAGCAAUGUCCAUUCACUUUUGAACCCUGCAGAUACAGCUGAAAGACCUGACGAGGAUCAAAUUGGCGAUGAUCGCAAACGCAAGCGGCUGGAGUAA